GGAUUUGGUAUCGGAAUUGAUGUGUAAAUGUUGGAGGAUUGAUAAUAGUUCUUCUUUUCAAAUGAUGAUUUGGUAAUGUUAUGCCGAUUUUCACUUAAAUGUUGAGUAGAAGCUUAUUCCGGUCGUUUUCUAGUUUUCGAGUUCUACUUUAAUGUGUGUAUUUUUAUAUAUGUAAGUGGAAAUUUGUGUAAUGAUUGAUGCAUAUAUGUAUGUAUGUGAAAAGGAUUAUGAGAGGAGUUUCUUUGAUGAGUUUUGCUUAUAGAGUAAUAGUUUCAGUGUCUGAGGGGAGGGUUUGGAGUAUUUGCUAUUAUUGGAGAGGAAGGUGGGCUGGUUGAGAGGAAAAGCCCUUGGACUUCACUCUUUGAUGUAGAGGAUCCGCGGGCGAAGGUCCCUCAGUAUAAAGGUAAGUUUCUCGACGUGAAUCAAGCUCUAGAGGUGGCUAGAUAUGACAUUCAAUACUGUGACUGGAAAGCUAGGCAAGAUGUUCUCACAAUCAUGCUUCUCCACGAAAAGGUUGUGGAAGUCAUAAACCCUCUUGCGCGGGAAUUCAAAUCUAUUGGAACACUUCGAAAAGAACUAGCAGAUUUGCAGGUGGAACUGGCACAAGCCCACAACCAGGUACAUAUAUCAGAAGCAAGGGUGUCCACAGCUUUAGACAAGCUAGCCUACAUGGAGACACUGGUUACUGAUAAAAUCUUGCAAGAUAUGAGCACGACAGGGUCCGACUUGUUACUCCCUUCUUCCACUCUGUCUCUUCCACCUGCAAAGAGCAGGCCGCCAAAGAGAAGCAUCAAUGUAUCUGGUCCUGUCCAACCUUACAAUGAUCACCUAAAAAACUUCUGGUAUCCCGUUGCUUUUUCUGCAGGCCUCAAGGAUGAUACCAUGAUGCCAAUUGAUUGCUUCGAGGAACCUUGGGUUCUUUUCCGUGGAAAGGAUGGCAAACCAGGGUGUGUUCAGAAUACUUGUGCUCACAGAGCCUGUCCACUCGAUUUAGGUUCGAUUAAUGAGGGCCGUAUAAAGUGUCCCUAUCAUGGAUGGGAAUACUCUACUGAUGGAAAAUGUGAGAAAAUGCCCUCUACAAAGUUCCUCAAUGUGAAGAUCAAGGCACUGCCAUGCUUUGAGCAAGAGGGAAUGAUCUGGAUCUGGCCAGGGAAUGAUCCUCCAACGCCAAAACUUCCUUCUUUAUUACCACCUUCAGGAUUUCAAAUACAUGCUGAGAUUGUCAUGGAACUUCCAGUGGAACAUGGGCUCCUACUAGACAACCUUUUGGAUCUUGCACAUGCUCCUUUUACUCACACUUCGACAUUUGCUAAGGGAUGGAGCGUUCCAAGCUUGGUGAAGUUUUUGACACCUUCUGCAUCUAGUCUGCAAGGCUACUGGGAUCCAUAUCCCAUAGAUAUGGAAUUCCAUCCACCUUGCAUGGUGCUAUCAACGAUAGGGAUCUCCAAGCCCGGGAAACUACAAGGGCAGAGCACAAGAGAGUGCGCUACUCAUCUCCACCAACUUCACGUCUGCUUACCUUCAUCUAAACAGAAGACGAGGUUGCUGUACAGAAUGUCACUCGACUUUGCUCCAAUUCUGAAACACGUCCCGUUCAUGCAACACCUGUGGAGAUAUUUUGCUGAGAAGGUGCUGAAUGAGGAUCUGCGGCUCGUACUUGGCCAACAGGAGCGCAUGCUCAACGGCGCAAAUGUUUGGAACUUGCCAGUUUCCUAUGACAAGCUGGGAGUAAGGUAUAGGCAAUGGAGGGAUUCAGUGGAACGAGGAUCGAAAGAGCUGCAGUCGCCAUACAACUUUCUUGACCAAUAGAGUUACUUGGCUUGCUUAAUUUCAACAACAAAUUAAGAGUUCAAAAUCAGAUGAUGGGCUAAAACACACAGCCUUAGUAAUAAUAAGAGAAAUCACAGCCUUUGCAUUUGUAUAGAUUUUUUUUCCUUGUACAGGUUUGAAGUAAACAUGGUCCCCUCCUAAUUUUUUUGGUUCAAAUAGUGACCAGAAAACCCAGUGGUGUCACUGAUUUUUCUUUAAAUUUUCCUUUUUGAUAGGAAAUGUCAGUUGUAGCAUAUGCUGAAAUUGUGUUUAAUAUAGUUGAGGGUUUGAAUCCAA